UUUUAAUGUUUAUUGAAAGUAAAUCAGUUGUAGUUACAUAUCUUUUUAAAGCACGAGCUAGCUAAACACAUAUUAGCUUUACUUGACCGGAGAUAUAGUGCAGUGAUGAGUCCUAUAACCCGGAAGUGAGUUCGCAUUUUACAACUAUUAGUUCCCUCGUCUCAGAGUCAAUGGGAUUUCUCCAUAGGAUUUUGGAAAAUAGCUCGAAAUAAGAUCUGUGGAAAACGAACCUGCUUGAUAAAUGCACGUUUUGUUCAGCCGGAUAAUCUCCACAUAUCUACCCUACUUGUAUACUUUUCGAAUCAUAAAUCUAAUGGCCAGAAGCAAAAUGCUAACGUUAUGCUAUAAACUAACUACAGACCAUGGAUGUAUAAUAAGAACCUUUAGAAUAAUUACCUUUUAGAAGUACACCAAAACAUAACUGCUAACAAUGUAAAUGCUGUGUUGGAAAAAAAGUGAAUGUAAGAAAAUGUUGAGUUAAAUACUUUUGGCACUGUAUAUACAAAUCUUGGAAAAAUGCCUAUUGUGGCUGUCAUACUUGCAUACAGUGGCAACUAAUAGUAUUGUGAAGAAAUGUCAUGACAACCAUCUUCAGACUGUUACUGCACGCUGAUUGUUGUGGUCCUAUUUAGGACAAAACGUUCAGAGCUGUCCUUGUUCCAGUCCGCCCCUGAUUGAUUAGUGCUUUAACUCGUAAAUUACCCCCAAUGUUAAAGCUUGUUGAUGAUAUGUGAGAUUGUAAAUUGUCAUGCAUUCUAAAGUGUUCACUGUAUUUUUUUCCUUCAACAGAUACCAAAGAAAUAUCAAACAGCACUUUUAAGAGCCUUUUUCAAUGUCUUCUCUUCUCCCUCCUCAGAGCUAUAUUCCCUACAUUUCUUCCUGUCUUCUCCCAAUUUUUACCAUCUUCAUCUCUGUCUCUUUACCACUUUCUCUUUUGUAUUUAUACGCACACACACACACACACACACACACACACACACACACACACACACACACACACACACACACACACACACACACACACACACACACACACACACACACACACACACACACACACACACACACACACACACACACACACACGUAGUGUGCCCACAGGUAAGAACUUACACUUUUCACGACUUAUAUAUUACAAUCGACUAACAGUGUCAUAUAUGUAUGUCUUUGUUAUGCAAAACUUACAGGGAAAUAAAAAAUGGUCUUAUUCGAGCUGGUAACACAGUAGACGACGUUGCAGUGUAUUAUACUGUAGUACUGCUAUAAUUCUAGAUUAUAUUAUAAAAACAAUUUUAUAUAUAGGAUUUCAACAGAUUAACAUUAUCAUAUAUUUUUGUCAAAUUCAAGAUAGUGCUUUUACAGUGCAAUGUCAUGGUCAAGCUUGUAAGAUAGUAGAAGUUGUGUAACCUUACGUUUCGAUUACAUAAUAUUUUACCGCUGAAUUUUAGCUUUGUACUAAAACUAAGUAAGGGGCCAUUAUUGCAUUGAUACUAAAUUAAUUUACUCAAAUUAAAUAAAAAUGCAAGUGUUUUUAUUCUAUUCUAAACAGGAUACAGUUUUUGUUGUAGCUUGGGGAAGGAAUUACAGUCACGGACUAGACAAAGGAAAAUUAGUCAAUAUUUGUAUUUGAUUGCAUUCUGAAUUUGAAACCCAGUUUUAAAUGACCUUGUCUUUUAUUUGUCUUUAUCUCCAAAAGAAUGCCAGGACCAGGUUCAACUUCGAGGCAAUGUUCAAGCUGCUGCAUGUCAUUCAAUGUGGCAUGCAAAACUUGCAAGUUCUGCAAGGCGGUGCAGCCCCGCAAACUGCGCCUUAACAAAAAGAUGGAGAAGUUUGAUACAAAGGCAAACACCUGGGUCCAGGCCCAAAAAAGAAAUAAAACUUCAUCCCACCUGAGGGAUCAAGCUGCAUUGGUGCUGGAAAAAUGUCAGGCCCUUGGAGCCAGAGGCGUCUUGUUCCUAGCCCGGCCUGGAAUCAAGAAGGAAUGGACCUGCGAAAUUAUGAUGCCAAGGUGCAAUGUCAGCACCAAUACCUCCACCUGCCUCCGAAAGAUGGAGGUCUUAUUUGAAUUUGUUGCGAAAGGUUGGAGUCAUACAGAGCCUGCAGCAGCCUCCGAAACCCCACAGCCUCCUGCGGAAAACUCGCCAGCCACAUCAAAAGUUCACAUUGCCACGGCAGACACCCCCACCGAGUCCUCUGGAAACCUAUCCGAGGAGAUGUACACCCUGACACUCAUCCCUGUCCCAGCUGCAAGCACCUAUUCACUCCCUUCACCAUCGGCUGCAUCCCAGCCAGGGAAGAGGAAGAAGGGUUUGCCCACAGAGCGCUCCUCCACUCCAAGAGUUGCUACCUCUGUAGCAAAUGGGUGUAGCAGUACCACAGGUGAAGGGAUGAAGAAGAGGAAUAAGGGCUGCAGAAAAUGCUCAAGGCAGCAGAUAUUCCACUACAAUGGAAUUAAAGACAGAAGGGUAGAGAAGGGAAGAGAAGAGGUAAUGGUCUGCUGGCUGCCUUGCACGUCAUGUGGGAGAAAAUGGGAAGACACCUGGGAGCCUGCCAGUCAAUUCAGUCAAGUCAGUGACACAAAAGGACUUUGAUCUGCACGUCCGUCAACCAGCAGCUCAAUGGGGAUCAUAUGUUUCAAACCACUUUCUCCUCUCGUCCUCUCGUCCUCUCGUUUACGUUCAUACCUGUCAUCCUUCAGGAGAUUGCACUUUGUUUUGAUCUAAGAAGUUGAUUAUGUUAAGGUUUUGGUGUGUGUGUGCGUGCGUGUGUGUGUGUGAAAAAAAAAAUCUAUUUGUUUUAUUAAAACAUUUCCCUUUUUGCAA